AUGUGCAACUGUGGUGAGAUCACCCGCUGCAGCGAGUGGAAGACCGAGGAACACCGCCUGGAAAGUAUCCGGGGACUCUUCAGCUCCAAGCGCAAGGUGUGCAGUCUCGAGAAUCGGCAAGGCCCCGCCGGUCCUAACCACAGGUGCCAGGCUGCAAGUCCGGACCAGAAGCCUAAGAGACAGGCGCGAAGCGGAGGCGGGUGGCAGUCAUGGCAGCAGGCCAGCUAG